AUGUGUCCUCAAUGUCCAAUCAUUGUAGAAGAACGUAGGUUCAAAGUACAUCUUAUAUCUUUACCUCUACAAGGUUUAGAUGUAAUCUUAGGAAUGGAUUGGUUAUCUACCAAUCAUAUCCUUAUAGACUCUAACAAGAAGGAGUUGAUUUUCCCUGAUCCUGAAGAAGCGGAGUUGUUGUCAUUACAACAAGUUUUGAAGGAAACGAAAGAAGGAUCUCUGUGUUUCAUUAUCUUGACUCAUGUGGAAAUUGAGAAAAAUGAACAAAAUCUUGAUAUUUCCAUAGUUAAUGAGUUUAGUGAUGUAUUCCCAGAAGAAAUACCAAGAUUUCCACCUCAACGAGAAGUAGAAUUUUCCAUCGAUUUAAUACCUAAAGCUGGACUCGUAUCGAUAUCUCCAUAUCGAAUGGCCCCAGUAGAGUUGGUAGAGCUGAAGAAGCAAAUUGAAGAGCUAUUGGAAAAAUAA